UCCUUCAACGCGAAUCGCUCCGACAGACUCAAGCUCCACACUCUAUCGCGCAGAGGUUCUCGAUGCUUCUUCCUUCCCCUCCAUCGGCUCUCUUUCCUUGCUCGAUGCUCGCCUCCCCUCCACCGCUUCGCCUUCCUCGUUCGUCCCCGCCGUCUCCGCGUCGCCAGCGACAUCUUGGUUCUCCACCGCAAUCCACAUCCCGUCGUCAUCGGCCAAGCCCCGCCAAGCCCGCGCAUCCCCGCCAGCAAACACCACGCCCGCGUUCUAUUCUUGUCCGAGCCCCAACCUAACGACACCAUCCGGCGAGCCAUACGACAGCAACGCAUCCCUUCCCCUCCUAUCCUUCCCAUCCUCGCACACACCAUGCCGCAUUCAACCACCACUCACCACCCCCCUCCGAUGCAAAAAUACUUCGCGCCCCGGCCCCGGCCAACCAGCGCGCGCCUUCCGAAAAACCAAGGCCUCUUUUACACGAGCGACGCAGCUGCCACCGGUGGUGCCCCACUAUGGGAGUGGCCAGCGCUAGAGGUACUAAAGGAAAGCGCUUCCCCCGCCGCCGUCAUGGUCACAUCCCACAAACUCAACCCAACUUACAAUCCAUACUGGCCUCACAGUGGUCCAAAAUCACCCGACUCCGCCACCACCACCGAAUCCGACACCGAAUCCGACGAUCCCGAAGAGCAGAAGAACAAGAAGAGAAAGAAUCUCGCUACCACCACCACCACCACCACCACAAACAACAAUAGCAACAACAGCAACAAUAGCAACAAUAGCAACAAUAGCAACAAUAGCAACAAUAGCAACAAUAGCAACAAUAGCAACAACAACAACAACAACAACAACCACAGCAAAAUGCUUCUCGCCGCACCCCUCGCAUACGCCGCACCAGCCGGCGCCACUGCGCGCCCGCGCCCACGGCCCAAGCUCUCUCUCCAGAUCACACCACUAACCAUCGCGACACCACCCACACCGACGAGCCGCACACCAUUCUCCGCGCUCUCGCCGACCAGCCGCAACACACAAAUGAACCGGCAAAUCACGGCGCCGUCGUCAGCGUCCUCUGCGUCGAGCAGCUCGUCAUCGGACGACUCUCCGGACUCGCCAGACAUGAAAGACAAGCGUCGGCGCCGCCGCUACGUCAACAGCAAGAAGGCGAUGUCACUGCACCAGCCGAGCACGCCCGCCGCAAGCUUUAUGCCCGCGCGCCAGCCCGAGACCCGCGGACGCGAGCUGUGUCGCGAGCGCCACGUCGGCUUCUGCGAUAACGUCGUCGUCCACUACCUCCCCGAGGAGGAGGAGGAGGAGCAGGACGACUACGAGAAGCCCACGGCUAUGGAGCGCGCAAAGGAGCUCGAUAGGCUUAAAGAGUGGGUCAAGGCUCAUGGUGAGACUAUGGGCGACGAUGAGAGCUCCGAGUGGGUGCGGAAGCUGGUAGAGCUGGAGUUGGGCGAGAUCGAGAGGGAGGAGGUCGCCGCUGCCCAAUCGCCCGCCGCUGAGAAAAAGACGGAGAAGAUCUGGUGCUUGGAUACGGACGUGGUCGUCGCUACCCAUACGCAGACGUUUACCGAAGUGGAGAUCGAGAUGACGGCUGUCGAGCUGUGCACAAGAAAGGACGAGACCACGUUUAGCGAGCAGAAGGCACUAGCACCCUUCGAGUGGUGUAUGCCCCAGCCGGAAGACGAGAGCAUGUCCGCCGAGAAGGAUGAGGAGGACGAGGAGGAGGAUGAGGACGAGGACGAGGACCAAGUCAUGACCUACGAGAAGCGGUUCGUGUCGUCAGAUGACGACGACGAGAUGAUGAGUCUCGCGCCAUGGUAGUUGGUAGUAGAUGGUCGUGUCGCGUCUGGUUGUCUGUCGUGUUUUCUUCAUUUCUUCAUUUCUUACAUUUCUUACAUUUCCUACAUCAUGUCACGGGCUGGGUCGGAGUUCUUACGGGUUUUUU